AUGCAACUUUAUUUCCGUCAGAUCGGAUUGCUGAAACUAAUGAUUGGGGAGGAGCCUAGACCGAGUGACCCCGCCCUUCAGGAAGAUUGGGACGAGCGCGCCUCGGCUGGCUACUACUUGAUGUCGCAGAGUUUGGAGCUGAACCAGCGUCACCACGUCAUGCACCUGCUGCCGGAGGUUGAGUGCGGUCCGAAGGCGUGGACCGUGUUGAAGGAGCUGCACGCCCCUACCUCCGUCGCUGCGACGCUCAUGAUGGAGAGGGAGCUGUCCGCGUUGCGCCUAAGCGACGGAGAGCCGGUACAACCCAUCCUGGACAAGAUGCGUGAUCUCUACGCGAAGCUGACGAUAGCGGGAAUCACCUACCCGGAGCAGACCAAGUGCCUGAAGAUGAUCUCGCUGCUGCCGGAAUCGUGGCUUCAAUUCACGAGCGGAUUGAGCCUGCCGCCGAACCAGAGCUUGUGGACGCUCGAGUGGGUGCGGACGAAGAUUCUGGAGGAGGACUUCCGUCGCCGCCAACUGAGGGGUGGAGACAACGGCAGCAGCGGCUACGGGAUGCAAGGGAGCCGACGUGGCAAAGGACGUGGCUUCGGUGGUGCUGGACGCGGUGCAAAGAAAGACGACGACUCCAACGACCAACAAGGAGGUACCGGUUGGGGUCGCAGUGCGAAAUCUGGACGUGGGGGCAAGUCGGGUGCUGGUGGCAAAAUGAAAGGGAGUUGCUGGUAUUGUGAGAAAGAAGGGCACCCCUGGUUUUUGUGCUAUAAGAAACCCGAUGGAUGGACCCCCCAGAAUCGUCACCAGGAUGGCGGCGCGCGGAGGAACCAGAAAAGUGGCGCCAACAUGGUCGCUGAUUCGUCCGACAACAACCCGAAGGGCAAUGGCGGUGCGGAAAAGAAGGAGCGCACCGCGGGCCAAUUGUUCCAUAUGGGAGACAAGGGGGAGCAAGGAGACGCAUCUGCUAAGGCUGGAGCAGAGCUGCACCCCCUGGAUUAUUGGGUGUUGGACACAGGCGCUGCUUGGACAAUGACGCCGCGCAAGGACCUGCUGGACCACGGAGCGGAUGGCAAGCCGGUGGUGCUGCACGACGUUCUCCUCUUCCCCGACCUGAAGGCCAACCUUAUCUCCCUCCGUAAGCUUGGCAAGGCUGGGGUGAACACCAACACAGAUGGGGCUCGCACUUAUAAGGGGAAGCUGGGCAAUCGGGUGCUUUGGGAUCUGCACGAGAGCAAGGACGUGUACAGAUCUAUGUGGCAGCUGCCGGCGCUGGCGUGGCACGGUGGGGGGCAGGCUGGAGAGGGGUCUGCAUCCCAGGGGGGGUGCAACGCCGUUGGAGGGGUUGGUGUGAAAGUGUCGGCCAGAUCUGGGGAGACAGAUUGGGCAACUGCACACCGACGUUUGGGGCAUGUGGCAAUGCCUUUGCUGAAGCAGCUGGAGAAGGAUGGAGCCGUUAAGGGCUUGAAGCUGAACGGACAACCACCCGAUGAUAACUGUGAAAUUUGCCUCCUUUCAAAGUUCACCCGUUUCCCCUUCAUAGUGUGGCUGGCAGGAGCAAAAAGCCGUUGGAGCUGGGUACUCACAAAGGUUGGGGAUGACUCGUGGGUGCCGUUGGAGAGGUGGCUUGGGAGGAAGCCGCCGGUGGACAUGCUGAGGGUGUUCGCUUGCAUGGCAGUCGCCCACGUCCCCAAGACCUACCGCAGUAAGUUGGGGGCGAGUGCAAUCUGGUGUGUGCAUUUGGGGCUGGCUGCUGAGAGCAAGGGAUGGCUGCUGUGGGAGCCUUCCAAGGGUGUGUUGUUUGACAGCAGGGAUGUGAAGUUUGUUGAGGGCAUGAUGUAUGGGAGCUGGGAGAAACAGCCGGAGGCCAGGGUGUCCCAGCAGAUCGAGCAGAUCACCAUGCAGCUGGACCUGACUCCUAGUGUGUGGGAGGAGGGAGCUGCAGAGGGUGGUGAUAAAGAGAAGGUGCAGGAGGCACCUGCUGGUGGAGGUGAUGGUGUGGAGACUAGCGGUAGCACUAGUGGAGCUGCUGGAUCCGAGGGAGGAGAGCAGCAGCAGGGGAAAACUAAGAAGCCGAAGGGUGUCGUUAUGAAGGGAUGGGAGACACCCGUCUCCAGGCCAGGACGUACCCGUAUGGCUACUAAGAAGCUGACUGCAGGAGCUGAUGUAGCGGAGCAGCAGCUUGGGACCGAGGAGGCAUUGCUGAUUCUACCGCAUGGCUAUGACCUGGAUGAGGAGGAUGAACCUGCGUACUGUUUUCUUGCCCCUGCACCAGAGGAACCAGCUAGCAUGGAGGAGGCAUUAGCUGGACCAGAUAGGGACAAAUGGCUAGCUUCUAGGGAUGCUGAGUACCAGAGCCUGCUGGAGAAUGGGACUUGGGAACUAGUGGUGCUGCCUGAGGGAAAGAAAGCCGUACAAUGCAAGUGGGUGCUAAGGAUCAAGACCGAUCACAAGGGACAGGUCACCAUCUACAAGAGUAGGCUGGUGGCUAAGGGGUUUAUGCAGAAGGAGAAGCGGGACUUCAAUGAGAUCUUUGCUCCCACUGCCAAACCCCCUACCCUUCGUGUCUUGUUGGCAGAUGCAGCCAUUAGUGGGAAGUUCAUUAUCCAGAUGGACAUAUCAACGGCAUUCCUCAACGGGAUUUUAGAGGAGGAGGUGUUCAUGACGCAGCCACCUGGGUAUGAGGAUGGUACUGGCAGGGUGUGCAAGCUGAAAAAGUCCAUCUACGGCUUGAAGCAGGCGCCACGCUGCUGGUACCAGAAGUUGGCAGCUGUUUUAGAGGAGAUGGGAUUCAGGACCAGCAGCUGUGAUGAGAGCCUCUUUCUCAAGGGGGAGGGGGAGAAGCUGGUGCUGUUUCUGGUCUAUGUGGACGACAUUCUUCUCUUUAGCAGCAGCAUCAAGGAGAUCCAGAAGGUGCAGCAGCAGCUGAUGGAGAACUUCAAGUGCAAGAACCUUGGGGAGGUAAAGUACUACCUAGGGAUGCACGUGGAGAGGGAUCUGGAUCACAGGUGGUUGAAGCUGCACCAGGAGAAGUUCAUCAAGGAGCUUGGGGAGAAGUACGGAAUUGAGAAUGAGCGCAAGGUUGCAACUUCCCUGCCAGCAGAAUUCAAGCUUGUGAAAGCUGCAGAGGAUGAAGGGGUUGAAGCCGAGGAGCAGCAGCAAUUUCAGUCCUUGGUGGGCAGCCUCUUGUAUGCAGCAGUUCACACGAGGCCCGAUAUCUCUUUCUCGGUUGGGCAGCUGGCUAGGGUGGUGCAGAAUCCAUCAGAGGAGCAGGUGGAUGCAGCUGAGCGUAUGGUGAAGUAUCUGAACUCUCACCCAAGCAUUGGAGUUCAAUACUCUGCGUCUGCACAGGUGAAGCAGAAAGGGGUUGAGGUGCUGAAAGAGAAGGGGGAGAGGCUUGGACAAGGCAAGCUCUUUCUCGCUUGCUUUACCGAUGCUACGUGGGCCUCUGAGAAGGAGGAUUCCUCAUCAGUGGGAGGAUACAUCUGCGUAGUUGGAGGAGGACCUGUUAGUUGGAGGUCAAAGAAGCAGACGGAGACAGCACUCUCUUCUGUGGAGUCAGAGUACAUGACAAUGUUUCAUGGGGUGAAGGAGGUGAUUUGGCUGAGGAGGCUGUUAGAGGAGAUUGGCCAGGAGCAAAAGGUUGCUACGCCGCUGUUUUGUGAUAGCAAGGGAGCUCUUGGGAUGGCCAGGAACGCUGUGCUUCAUGGGCUCAAUAAGCACAUGCGUAUCAAGUGGCACUGGCUGCGUAAGGAGGUGAAGAGGGGGACGGUGAAUCCGAUCUACAUCAAGACUCACCAGCAGCCAGCAGACUUCCUCACCAAGAGGCUUGCGGAUGAGCCUCAUUGGCGUUGUGUGCGCAUGAGUGGAAUGAGCAUGAACUAG